CGCCUAAGCUUGCUUAGUGCUAGGGGGUUCGGCUCUGGGCUCUGUAAAGCCCCUUGAAACAAUUAAAAUUCUUAAUUUUAAUUAAAUUAAUUUGGGAAAACUACUCAAAAUGACAUACACUGGCUAAACUUUCUAGAUUUAAAGAUCUAAUGUACCAAAAGUGUUCCGUAUUCCAUAUGCAAAGAUUUGCUUUGGUUUAGUUUGCUUAGUGGUAUCAACAACCGGACAGGCAGUGCAGUAGGUCAGCCCUGGCAUGUCGAUUUUCCCGAGUUGCAGUGAGAAACUCGGGGACCGAGGGACUAAGCACUUUCCCAAAUGGAGCAGAGACAGAGGAGGUAGACCAAAUAAUACAUUUUCACCCAGUUCUCUCUAAGUGGCCUGAGCGUCAGCGGCCAUGGGUGACACAGAGAUGGAGCUGUCGCCAGCCCACCAGCAGGAGGCGCUGCAGAAGAGCCCGUCUGCGUCCUCCCUGUCCCUGUCCACCGCCUCCUCCCUGUCACUGCCCUCCUCCCCCUCCUCAGGCCCGCAGAGCCCCGCCAGCCCUAGCAUCAGCACCAGCACCAGUGAUGGGCCCCCCCUCACCAGCAGCAGUAGCCCAUCGCUGGACGUCAUCACCGAGGGAGUGGGGGAGCUGACGGUGGUCAUCGACCCUGAGAUGGCCAAGCUGGCCUGCCAGGAGGUGCUGCAGAAGGUGAAGUUCCAAAAGGGUGAACUGGAAGUGGGGCUGCCCCAGGCGGCCGCGGACACAGAGAUGCCCACGUUGGCUAACGGCGCGGCCAUACACAUCAGAGACGAGCCGGUCAGCCUCACCCCUGCGAAGCCCAGCACAAAGGCCGGUGAAGAAGUGGAACCAGAGCAGGCGACGCCAUCCGGCUCGGGGAAGAACGCACGGCGGCGCCAGAAGCAGCACAACUCGUCCAAGCAGUCGUGGCUGCUGCGCCUGUUCGAGUCGAAGCUCUUUGACGUCUCCAUGGCCAUAUCCUACCUGUAUAACUCCAAGGAGCCUGGCGUGCAGGCCUACAUCGGCAAUCGACUCUUUAGCUUCCCCUACGAGGAUGUGGACUUCUACCUGCCGCAGCUGCUCAUCAUGUACAUCCACAUGGACGAGGACGUGGGCGACGCCAUCAAGCCCUACGUUGUGCACCGCUGCCGGCAGAGCAUCAGCUUCUCGCUGCAGUGCGCCUGGCUUCUGGGCGCCUACUCCUCCGACAUGCACAUCUCCACGCAGCGGCACUCACGUGGCACCAAGCUCCGCAAGAUCAUCCUCUCAGAUGAACUCAAGCCUGCCGGCUCCAGGCUUCGGCCCCCUGUCCCCUGCCCGCCGCCAUUGGCCGUCCUGCACCACGAGCACGGCCUUUCGCCCUCAAAGCGCACGCAUCAGCGAUCCAAGUCAGACGCCACAGCCAGCAUCAGCCUCAGCAGCAACCUCAAGCGCACGGCCAGCAACCCCAAAGUGGAGGCCAACCAGGAUGAGCCCGUGCGCCUCACGCCGCAGAGAGAGUACAUCAAGUCCCUGAUGGGCAUCGGCAAGCGCCUGGCCGCGCUGGCCACCAAAGAGCAGAAGACCUCGCGCCUCAUCUCGGAGCUGUCACUGCUCAACCACAAGCUGCCCGCCCGUGUCUGGUUGCCCACAGCCCCCUUCGACCACCACGUGGUCCGUGUGCCCCACACACAGGCUGUGGUGCUCAACUCCAAGGACAAGGCUCCUUACUUAAUAUACGUGGAGGUUCUAGAGUGUGAGAACUUUGAGACCUCCAAUGUGCCAGUACGGAUUCCAGAGACACGCAUUCGCAGCACGCGCUCGGUGGAGAACCUUCCGGACUGUGGUAUUACAGCCGAACAGCGAGCUAGCUGCUUCUACCCCGUGCCCAACUACGACAAUGAUGAUGAGGCCUGGUCUGUGGAUGACAUAGGAGAACUCCAGGUGGAGCUGCCAGAAAUCCACACCAACAGUUGUGACAACAUCUCCCAGUUCUCAGUGGACAGCAUCACCAGCCAAGAGAGCAAGGAGCCCAUCUUCAUCGCUGCUGGGGACAUCAGACGGCGUCUCUCGGAGCAGUUGGCACACACGCCCACCACGUUUAGAAAAGACCCAGAGGACCCCUCGGCGGUCGCCCUCAAAGAACCCUGGCAGGAGAAAGUUAGGCGGAUAAGAGAGGGCUCCCCCUAUGGGCACUUCCCCAACUGGCGUCUGCUGUCCGUCAUUGUGAAGUGUGGAGAUGACUUAAGGCAGGAGCUCUUGGCCUAUCAAGUGCUGAAACAACUACAGUCCAUCUGGGAGCAGGAGCACGUGCCCCUGUGGAUCAAGCCCUAUAAGAUCCUGGUGAUCUCGUCAGACAGUGGCAUGAUCGAGCCGGUGGUGAACGCCGUGUCCAUCCACCAGGUCAAGAAGCAGAGCCAGCUCUCACUGCUCGACUACUUCCUGCAGGAGCACGGCAACUACACCACCGAGGCCUUCCUCACCGCGCAGCGCAACUUUGUGCAGAGCUGCGCGGGCUACUGUCUCAUCUGCUACCUGCUGCAGGUCAAGGACAGGCACAAUGGAAACAUCUUGUUGGACUCUGAAGGGCACAUCAUCCACAUUGAUUUCGGCUUUAUCCUCUCCAGUUCUCCAAGGAACCUGGGCUUUGAGACCUCAGCCUUCAAACUAACCAGCGAGUUUGUUGAUGUGAUGGGUGGUUUGGAUGGGGACAUGUUCAACUACUACAAGAUGCUCAUGCUGCAGGGCCUCAUAGCUGCACGCAAGCACAUGGAGAAGGUGGUCCAAAUAGUGGAGAUUAUGCACCAAGGCUCCCAGUUGCCCUGCUUCCACGGGUCCAGCACCAUCCGCACCCUGAAGGAGCGCUUCCACAUGAGCCUGACGGAGGAGCAGCUGCAGGUGCUGGUGGAGCAGAUGGUGGACGGCUCCAUGCGCUCCAUCACCACCAAGCUUUAUGACGGCUUCCAGUACCUCACCAACGGCAUCAUGUGAUCUGAGCCGGCCGUCGGCGGAGAAGAAGCUGCCCCGUUUAGGCCAGCAGCUCCUCCCGGAAUGGAUGCGGACCAGAGCAUGGGACUUUUUACAAAAGAAAGGCUGCACCACUUGCAAUGCAAAAGACCACUCCUCUUCCCUCUUCUCCUCCUCUUCCCUCUUCUCCUCCUCUUCCUUGUAUCCCUCGUUCCCUCGUCAUCCUCUUUGCUCUCCAGUCAGCACCCCUGAUCAUACAUUCGCUCAUACACACAAGCACACACAUACACUUUUUUUCCUUUGUGUUUGCCAGCCCCUGAGAGCUCAACCCACAAACUAGACUGAUAUCCGAUCGCUCAUGGAUUUUAUACCUUGACUGAAGAGGUCUCAGCUGUGAAGUUAAAGUUUCUCUUUUUUCUCUCCCUUUAAUUCUUCUUGAUUUCUCUCUUACUUUUUUCACUUCUCUCUUUUUUUCCCCCUCCCCGCUCCUUGCUGUUGUCUUUUAUUUUUGUUGUGUUGUCUAUUUAUUUGUGAUCUCUUGAGGCUCCUGUAAUAAGUUUGUAUGGUUUUUGUCCAGCUUCUGAGUGCCUCUCUGAAACUCGCUUGAGGCCCUUCAAGCACACAGGCUUUCCCUCGCUCCUGCAUCCAGUCAGCACCUGCUUGGUUUCUCCACCUCUGUGACCGCUCACACACACACACACACACACACACACACACACUCUCCAUCACCAUGCGUCACACACCUAAUCACUUUCCAAUACACAAGUCGAGCGCAAUGCUGCAGGACUGGUUUUGCUGCUCGUUUAGGUAAUAGCAGUAGAAAGGGGAAACCUGUAGACAGUAGACAGUAGAGGGAUUAGCUACAGUCAUUCAGUCUUCUCAGUGGUAUCUGUGCCCCUAUUUGGCUUGUAAAAAGCCUUUUCAUGAAUGAAUAGGGGCCCCUCCCAUUGAAGGAGCCUGAUCCUUUACUUUUGAUAUUUGCUUUCUGGUUUCAUCGAUGAUUAGUUCACAUACUGUUUCUCCAGGUUUUUUUUUUUUUACCUUUUCGCCUAACCUGUUUUUGACCAACUUAUCCAUCGUAUGUGCAAAUCCAAAGAAAAUGUAUUUACAUUAACAUUAGAUUAACUUGCGUUUUUAACAUUUGUAGUAUGUAGGGUAUAGCACAUAAUUGAUCAGAAUGCAUAGUUGAGUUCUGAUUGCUCAGAGGUAGAUUAACUGGACUGUAUGUUAUGUGAAAAAACAGCGAGCGCUAUAUGUUGGUGUCGACACUCAUCAGAACAAUGAUAUGAUACUCUCACAUACCAUAUGACUCCUUGGGCUGAGUUGGUCUGGGUGCAGACGAUGAUCCGAGGCGUACCUUCAUCUUUCCAGCUGCUAAUAUUUAGAACUGAAAAUACACCCAGUGCACAGCUCUCCUUGCUGAUGUUCAGCGAAUCAGAAAAGACAAAGACUGGGCAGUGUGUGGCUUUGGCCUUCCCAGUUUUUUUUCCUUUUUGAACUUACAUUAUUGACCAGUUGGCUCUCUGAGCCUCUGUGCAUGCAACUCCAAAGGCUUGUCCUCAUUUGAGAGUUGCUGGCAAAUGUUCUCAUUGUCGUCAAACUUUUGGCUUUUGAAAUCACCAGGAAGAGAGGGAGGAGGAAGCUGAACCAUCGUCUUUUACCCUGUUGUAGACUCUGAGCCACUGAACAUUAGCUUCAGUUUUGCUGGAGUAGAGUGCAAUGACAUGAACUGUAACACUGAAACUCUUGUGAUCGAGUGCCUCUGAAGACUAGAGAGAAACUGAUAGGGCUUCAGUCCAUGACGCGGGACAAAACUACACCAGGCAUUUCAAAAUACGUGGGAUGGAUGAAUGUCAGAGGGAUAAAGGUUUUUGAGCUUUUUGAAGACACUUUAAUUUCUUUAACACAAGGGGCUGAAAAGUGAGGGGACUAUGCCAUCAGAUAGACUGGUGUAGUGUUCCCUGAAACCAAUGAGUAUUUCCUUGAAUAAUAAAACAAGCGCCCUCUACAUUUCCCCCAAAGGAUCUCCUGUGUUUCAAAAAUGGGAAAAAAAUGAAACCUAUUUCCUAAAGACUUAUCAAAGUGUGUGUGUGUGUACCCAAAGGAACAAAUCAAUCAGAAUGUAUUUGUUUGUUAUAAACCUCCCCAAUCCCAUUGCAAUCCCACUGGGCAACUAUUCUCUUCAUUUUUCUACAACAUGUCUGUUUCUUUUGUCAGACCUGUUUCUUUGUGACCUGUUUUAACGGACCAGCUCUUACGAUCAUGUGAAUGACCUCCCUUAACUUGUGAAUGUCUCUUUGUAUAAUAAAUUAAAUGUCCUUGUUUGCCCA